CGGACGAGCGCUCGGGUACUUUGGGAGGAGUCUUCUGCGUGAUUGCUUUUUUAUUGCGUGCACUUUGUUUUCUGUCUGAUCUCAAGAGCAGCUCCCACGCCAUUAAUUCUCCUCUAUAGGGCCGGACUUUCACAGGAGGACGCGGGAUGAGAUGAAGAUGUGCGAGAGCAUUCUUUCACCGUUCUCGCAUGUCUUCCUGCUUUUCUCGGAGACGGCUGAGGAAAGGGCGACAUCAGUCUUGCGACAUUCCGAUCAUCAGUCGAUAGUUAGGGGUCACGAUAGGACGAUGGCACUUUACAGACGAUCUCACAAGCUUAGAUCUCUGUAGAAAAGCCUCGAAAUGGAGACGGCGUACUUCAAGAACAAUUUCUGGGGGGAGAAGAAUGCAGGCUUUGACGUUCUCUACCACAACAUGAAGCAUGGCCAGAUUGCCAGCAAAGAGCUGGCUGAGUUUGUGAGAGAGAGGGCUGCCAUUGAGGAGACGUACUCCAAAUCCAUGAGCAAACUGGCAAAGAUGGCCAGCAAUGGAAGCCCGCUUGGCACAUUCGCCCCCAUGUGGGACUUGUUCCGGAUGUCGUCGGACAAAGUCGCCCUCUGCCACCUGGAGCUGAUGAGGAAGAUGAACGACCUCAUCCGUGACCUCAACAAGUACAGCGAGGAGCAGGUCAAAGUUCACCGUAAGACGAAGGAGGAGGUGAUGGGCACUCUGGAGGCGGUUCAGGCUCUGCAGGUACAGAACGGACACUUACAGAAGGCCAGAGAGGGCUAUCACGCUAAAUGUACAGAGCUGGAACGGCUACGCAAAGAAGGAGCUCCUCAGAAGGAGCUGGAGAAGGCUGAGCUAAAGUCUAAGAAGGCGGCCGAGUCGUUUGCAGCGUCUGUAGAUAAGUUUAACCGCACUGGAGGAGACUUUGAGCAGAAGAUGAGCGAGUCUGCACAGAAGUUCCAGGACAUCGAGGAGGACCACUUACGGAAGAUGAAGCAGCUGAUCAAGUCUUAUACACACUCCUUAGAGGACACUCACGUCCAAGUGGGACAGGUUCUUGAGGAGUUCAAGCAGAACGUAGAGAACAUCGGCAUCAGGAGUCUGAUUCAGAAGUUUACUGAGCAGAAGGGCACGGGAAAAGACCGGCCAGGCCCUGUGGGUUUUGAGGAGUUCCCGUCCACUCAAGCAUCCGACAAUAACAAGAAAAGCCGAGCAAAAGCAUUCAGGAUCCCUGGCCUGGGCAAGAGGGACAAAGAGCCAGACUUCACGGAUUCUGCGCUGACAGAUACGCCAAAUUCUCCUCUGGAGGUGGACGAUGAGGGCUUCAUGAUCCGGGCAGAUGUCAGUCAGAACGGCUGCACAGACGACAAAGAGAACAACUUUUACUCCAGCGACUCGGACUACGACGACGAAGAGCCGAAGAAGUUCCACAUCCAGAUCCGGCCCGUGUGCAGCCGCAGCAACUCGGCCGCCAACGAACUGGAGCUGAAGGCCACCGUGGGGACCCUCACCCUGCCCCCGAACCCUGGGGUGUCAACGAAGAGGCACAUUUCCCGAAACAUCAGUACUGCAGGUCGGUCGGAGGGAGAGGGCGACGGCGCCCCCCACAGGGAAGGUGAGACAGAGGGUCUUUGCAGAUUCACCUCAAGUCCAAACCACAGCAGGCUGAGCUCCACAGCGUCUGGUUCAGAUUCACUCUUCGGUCCUCCUCUAGACUCAGCCUUCAAAUCUCACAGCUUCUCGGGCCAGGAGCAGCUGCAGAACUCCGAAUACGCUGCUUUCUCCUCUGCUUCCUCGUCUCCUGAGAACGUGGAGGACUCAGGUUUGGACUCGCCUUCCCAUCAGCCCCUGGGAGCGUCCCCCGAGCCCACAGGCUGGGCGGCUUGGCCUUCGUCUUCUCAGCCCAAAGACUCCACGACCUCACGGCGACCCGUUGACCCCUUCCUCGGGCGCUCCCCUCUCCCUCAAGAGUGGCCAUCGUCCCAGCGUUGUCCCUUGGCCCCGCCCUGUACAGAAAGCUCCGCCUCCUCUUUCGCAUUACCUUCCUUUUCCAACAACGUGGAGCCCAGCGUCUGGAGCUGUAAACACAUCCCACCGGAGGACCCCUUCCUGACUGCGUUCGAGCAUCAACCUGCUCGUCAGGACGCUUGGGUAGCUCCGCCUCCUCCUCGAACUACCCACGAGGACCCGUUUGCCCCGCCCACAAACAGUGCUAAAACCCUGCCUCCUCCUAAGUCCUCCGCUCGCAAGGACAGAGAGAGGAAACAAGAGCGCAGCGUGCCGCCUCCCGAUUCACCCGACGAUCCCUUCGCCAUCACGAUGAUCGGCAGCCCGACGCACCAAUCAGCACUGGCCGCUCAAGGAGGAGGGAGCGGCUUAACUUGGGCAGUCAGUUCUAACUCCGCCCCUCCGGUCCAGAUGAAGAAGGAGUCCACACACUGGGGUUCACUGCACAACCCGUUCAGUGACGUGGCGCAGGACGGAGGCAGGAAGACGAGCAGAAACGGAGGAGAGAAGGAGCGCAGGAGCGGAGGAGAGAAGGAACGCAGGAGCGGAGGGGAGGAGCAGCGGCGGAGUGGACCGCCGCUCACACGCCUCUCCGGCCCACAGGAGGAUCUCUGCUUCUCCACCGACAAAGACCAGGACUGCCUGGACAUCAGCACACACACAGGUCCUCAGCGUAGGUUCAGUAGUGAGCUCCUGGUCUUGGCUCCUCCUUGUCCAGCUCGGUCCAAGCGUUCCUCGUCCAGGCCGAGUGGAAGUGAACGGUCCAGGUCUUUGUGUUCGUCUCCUCUGCCUGAGCCCAGUCCUCCUCCAACGUCCUCCUCGUCCUCUUCCAGCCCCAGUGAUUGGGGGGGUCAAACACGUGCACCCAGUCCUGCGCGAGGUUUGUCCCGAGGGCCGAGUCCCAUCUCUCUGAGCACUCAGGAGUCGUGGCCGGUUGCUGCAGCAUUUACAGAAUACAUCAACGCUUACUUUAAAGGAGGAGAAAAUAACCGGUGUCUGGUAAAGAUUACAGGUGACCUCACCAUGUCGUUCCCAGCCGGAAUCACUCGGAUAUUUGCCGCUAACCCCAACCCGCCCGUGCUCAGCUUCCGAUUGGUCAGCAUCGCUCGAGUGGAUCACUUCUUACCCAAUCAGAAGCUUCUCUACAGCGACCCGUCCCAGAACGACCCCAACUCCAAAGAUUUCUGGUUUAACAUGCAGGCGUUGAGCGUUCACCUUCAGAGAGAGGCGGAGCUUAACCCGCAAGCCUCGUACUACAACGUGGGGGUGCUGAAGUACCAGGUGUCGUCUCAGGACCCGGCUCGCGCUCCUCUGCUGCUGUCGGCCGAGUGCCAGCGCAGCGGCACGGUCACCCGCGUCGCCCUUGACUACCACUGCUGCCCGGCAACCGCUCCAGCCACUCAGCUCACGGCUGUGCAGGUGCUGCUGCCGCUCGAUCCCACAGCCACCGACCUGCAGUGCCAACCGCCCGCUACCUGGAACACUGAGGAGAAGAGACUGCUGUGGAAGCUGCCCAACCUCUCACCCACCAACCACAGCAAAGGCUCGGGCACGCUGUGUGCCAGCUGGCAGUGCCUGGAGGAGCCCCGUGGUCCUGCCCCGUGCCUGGCUGUGCGGUUUAUGGGUACAGGAGCGUCUCUGUCAGGCCUGGACGUGGAGCUGGUGGGCGGCCGAUACCGCAUGUCCCUACUCAAGAAGAGAUUCGCCACUGGGAAGUACAUGGCCGGAUGUUUGUUGUAGGAGAACCUCGUUAUUAGUUUUUUGUUUUCUACCUGCUGGACGUAAAGUUUGCACUUUUAUCACUAAAGGCCACGUCCGCGUGUUUUCUGAGGACCGAAGACACGGUUAACGGACACGGGACCUGGACAUUACCCAUGAUGCACUGCGGUGUGAGGAACACACACACGCGCGCACACACACACACACACACACACACACACACACACACACACACACACACACACACACACACACACACGAGAUCCAUGAGGCGUUUGGACUCAGCCUUGAGCACUUAGCUGUUCUCGAUGCUUAGACGUUUGUUCUGUGGAAACUUCAUCAGAUUUUUUUUUUUUUUCAUUUCUUGGACAUUACUUUUGAGUGAGCUGAGUGAAGAUGUGUAUAAUGUCAACAUGAAUGUCAAAAG